AUGUCCGUCCGCGCCGUGCCCUCCACGCCGCGAGUCAUCUCUCCGAGCCCGACACCCUCAGAGAUUGAUGCAUCGUCACAAGACAACUACUUUGGUCCGACGACAAGGUCCGCUACAAGGAAGCGGCUCUCUACUCCCCAGCCUGUACCAGAGCGGACAGAGGAGGAUGACUACGAGCCGGCGACCAUGCGCAGAUCGCGCACGCGGAGUCGUUCUCCCAUCGAGUCUCGCCGAAUCACACCGAUGACGACGGUCAAGUCGCACACGAAGACGAGCAAGUCACCCGUCAUCCCGAGCGAACCGAUCACAAACGGUGUUGCCACCAACGGCGAAGCAACCGGCAACGUCAACGGUAACGGCAACGGCAAAGCCCCGACGGCCAACGGCCACCUUGCCCCUCCGUCCGCCGCUCCCACGGGAUGGAGCUGGCGGGACUUUAGCCGGAGUCCCAGUCCUUUGGGGCUGAUACCCAUUCACAGGAAAUGGCGGACAUUUGUACACAAGCACGAAGUGCCGAGGAAGGUCCUGCACGUCUCGAUUGGGUUUUUUACACUUUGGCUCUAUGUGUCAGGUAUUCAGACAAGCUCAGUCGCGCCAUGGCUCAUGGCUGCGCUGAUGCCCAUCGCGACGGCCGACUACUUGCGUCAUCACUUCGCCUCCUUUAAUCGUUUCUACGUUUCGGUCCUGGGCGCCUUGAUGCGCGAGAGCGAAUACGCCGGAUGGAACGGAGUCAUCUUCUACCUGCUCGGCGCCUGGAUUGUCCUCCGUUUCUUCCCCAAGGAUGUCGGAGUCAUGGGCGUCUUGCUUCUCAGCUGGUGCGAUACGGCCGCCAGCACUUUUGGACGUCUCUACGGCGCCUACACCCCGCGCAUCCGCCGCGGCAAGUCGCUGGCGGGAUCGACAGCCGCCUUCCUCGUCGGCAUCGCAUCUUCGUACUUUUUCUGGGGCUGGCUCGCACCGCGAACCGGACCAUUCCCUGGCGACGAGCAAUACCCGUUCAUGUUCACCGGGGCGCUGCAUCUACCCCGCGCCAUCGCAAGCGCAGUGGGGCUGUCGGAUGCUCAGGCCACCAUCACCGGACCGCUAGCGCUUGGAGUCAUGGGCCUGUGGUCCGGCUUUGUGGCGGCCGCCAGUGAAGUAGUGGACAUUUUUGGUUGGGACGAUAACCUGACAAUUCCGGUGCUCAGCGGCGCCGGCAUUUGGGGCUUCCUCAAAAUCUUUGGCUAG